AUGGCCAGCGAGAGCACCACCGCCGGCGGCCCGGCGCCGAGAUUCCCCGUCUACCUACUACCGAGCUUCAACAUCCCCUUUGGAAGGCGAAGACAGAGCUCUCUCUCGUCGGAGAGCUUUGGAAGCCUGCCGAACGAAAAUGCCGUUCCCUCCCUGAGCACAUCACCGAGCGACUCGCCGCGGUCGAGCCUCGCCGAGUGCCCGCCGUCACCCUCCUACCUCCCCUCCCGUUUCUCCUUCUCGAAGGACAAACACCGGGCCUCCAAGCAGGGUCUAGAGACUACCAAGCUCGCACGGACACAGCCCGAUACCAUCCGCUGCUCCACGUGCUCGUCAGACCUCGCCUUCGCGUCCCAGAUCGUCAGCAAAGGCUUCACGGGCCGAUACGGAAGGGCAUAUCUGGUCUCGGCGCCAGAUCACUUCCCCCGGGGCAAGAAUACGGGGGAUCUGGUCAACAUCAGAGUAGGGAAGCCCGAGACUCGGUUGCUUGUGACCGGAUCCCACGUCGUGGCCGACAUAACGUGUGCGGUCUGCCACGCCAAGGUGGGCUGGAAGUACGUCGACGCCAAGGAGGAGGCGCAGAAAUACAAGGUGGGCAAGUUCAUCCUCGAGACGCAGCGGGUCGUCGACUACAGGACGUGGGAGGACGUCGCCGUCUCCGAGAUGCCCGAGUUCGGGCUCGAGUCCGAGCAGCUGCACGCGUCCGCGGACAAGGACGUCAUCGUCUUCGAUUCCGAGGACGAGGACGAAUGCGAGGACCUCUUCUCGGGAACGUGGGACCCCGAGGUCGUUGCCAAGAGGCGCAGCCGCAAGGUGAAUCAGAGAACGAAGUGA